CGGUCCGUGUUACCAUCACAGCUAGAGAUCACAACAACAACUUGAAAACAUAUGGAGGUGACUUUUUCCAAGUAAAGCUAUUCAACCUAAACUUAAAGGUAUGUUUCUGACAACACUUCAGUCAUUUUAUAUACAUUUAAAUUGUUAAACUGAAGCUUAUCUGAUGGUAUUUUCAACUUGAAAUAUUCAUGGGCGUCACGUUUUAGGCUAAAACUAAUUUUAGCAUGCUAAGAAAAUUCCAAUUGAUCAUGUCACCAGAUUAUAUCGGUGAGAAGUUUUUGCAACCCUGUUUAAAACAGGUCAUAUUUCAAUAUAUUUUUCAAAACAAAAGUAAAAUCCCACACAAACAUAAUAAACCAUAACCUAAAGUCUAGGCCUGGUCCUCUCUCGUCGUACACUCCUGUCGCUCGUCCUUUUAUGCUUUCGAUCUCCUCCGUGAGAGAUUUGAGACCGGUGCCACGUACAAAUGUCGUUCCCUUGUGGCUCUCGUCCUGCCUCGCUCGUUACAAAGUGUUCAAUGUAUUAUCAUCUAUCCAUUAUCUACUUUUGUCUUUGGAUGUUUCUCCGUCAGACUCGGGGCUCAAACUGGUAAGGUAAAAUCCCCACCAUCUCAAUCUACACACAGUUUACAAUAUCCAACAACCUGUAAACUGUAAUCCAGUAAUGAUGGUAGGCGUUCCAUUUGCGGCACAUGCUGAACACGUUUGACCAAUCACAACAGACUACACCAUCUGACCAAUCUUAUGCCACCAGGCUAAUGGAUAGGAGGGGAUUAGACGGAUGGAUCACGAAAAGUAUAAUUUGAGAGUCAGUAGGGCAAGUGUUUAUGGAGAAGUUAUUGAUCAUCGUAAUGGAACAUACACGGUUGAUCUUCUGUUACCCUGGGAAGGACAAGGACAAGUGUCUGUACGUCUGAUGUACUCUAGUGAACUUGUGUGGAGUCUUAAUAAGUACUGGGAGACUUCAUUCCCACGCAGCCACUAUAUCGGUUACUUUGAAGGACCAGGACCCAAUGGAGUCAAGAUAAUUGAAAAAGUGGAGUGUAAUCUGAAAUGGGGCUCUCUUGGAAGUUGGAGUAAAGGCAACUGCUGCUGUGAAUAUAAAGAUGAGAAAACAGAGACGGUGUGGCAGUGUGACAGACCAAAACAACUUUCCUGUGACCACUGGGUACAACAUGAAAACGGAGCAAUUGAAGUUCAGCUAACUGCUUUUGAGAGGCAACUUUGUUCAAGAAAAUUAUCAGAUGUUGGUAUUGCUGGAGACUCACACAUCACAAGUGUCCUUCCCAACACUGCAGGCAUUGCGAAAACCCCAAGAUGCAGAUCAGGUCUGAUCACACCAGUUCCUGCAGGAUUCUAUUUUCAAGAUGUCUGGAAGUCUUUUGUAUGCAACACUAGAAGCUUUAGUCCCCCACAAAUGGCAGCUUGUCUUAAAAAUAAGAUUCUGUACAUGUUGGGAGACUCUACCACAAGACAGUGGUUUGAGUUUUUUGAAAGCAGUGUGCCAGGUCUGAAAAGACUGGAUAUUCACACAAGUUUCAACACUGGACCCCUAAUGGCGGUGGAGUUGACAAAUAAUAUUAUAAUUCACUGGAGGACACAUGGAUUUCCAUUGCGAUUUCAUAAAAUGCCAGCCGCCGACCUGCAUUAUAUCAGCAAUGAAAUUGAUUAUAUAACCGGUGGACGUCAUACAGUUGUUGUGUUCACAAUCGCUGCCCACAUGGCUUUUCAUCCACUGACGUUUUUUGUGCAUAAAUUGGGCAAAAUUCGUCAAGCGGUGGUUCGACUACUGAAGCGUGCACCAGAGACUACUAUCAUCAUCAAGUCUGGAAACACUGGCAUCUCAGUGAACGAUUUUGGACACGAGUGGUACAGGAUGCAGAUAAACAAAGCGUUAAGCGAGAUGUUCAGUGAUAUUGAUGGAGUGAUCUACAUGGACGUCUGGCAGAUGACUUCGUGUCACUACACACAUGAGGCCAUUCACCCCGCCACCGUUAUCGUCGGCAAUGAGAUUGAUAUGCUGCUGUCUUAUGUCUGCCCAUCAUGACAAGGAGUGCAAAGUGAAUUCUUUAUUUACAUGCAUCACCUAAAGCGGUCAGGGGACUGUGAUAUAUAAUGUCUUUAAAUGGUAAGAAUGGCUCCGAACUGACAUCUACACCAAUGUACUUUACCACGAGUAUUGAUGCCUUUAAACACAUAUAAUCCACUUUGAUAUUUAAAUUUGUAUCUGGUUUACAAUCUCUAUAUUAAGUACAGUAUGUACACCUGUACAUUCUUUUGGAUUUCUUUUGUUUUCUUUACAACUCCAUGUGACACAUUGACCCAUGCUAUUCGUCAUGAAUAUUUAAUAUUUUAAUAUUUUAAAUAUCUAAGUAAUCCUAAUGUUAAAAAGUAACAACAUUUUCAAUUCAUGUAAAUAAAAAACAAGAAGCAUUGUAAUUUAUUUAUUUUAUUUUACCACAGAUAUUCAUUUUGCAAGUAUUAAUACAGCAAUGGAAAAAAUAAGGGUCCGCAUUAAAUGCAGUGUUUUUCCAAAAUUACAAAAAAAACGUGUUAUUUGCAAUUUUUGAAGAAAAUUUGAACGGCCUAAAAGAUGCAAUGUGUGCAAUUGAAUCCCUGAUAUUGUAUUAUAAGUACUUAUGAAUUAUUAAAUGGUCAUAUUCAUAUUUAAACAAUUGUUAAGAAAACAAUAAACUUGAUUUUGAA